GGCGGCGGGCGGGGACCAAGGCGCCCGCGGCCGGCCCACAGCCAGGGGAAAGGGAGGCGGUGAGUAGGCGGCGGCCGGCCGGGCUGGUCCGGGCAGGUCCGGGCGGGGAGCACGCUGCCGGGCCGGGACCCCGCGCCGGAGCCCGAGCUAGUACCCCAGGCCGCGGCCCCGCCUCCUGCCCGCCCCGCGCCAGUCGGUCGGCGCCGGGAGUUCGGAGCAGCGCCGGGCAGGGCCGCGCCGAAGAAGCCGCCGCGGGUACUCGGCCUGAGGUGGGCCCGAGGGUGAAGUCCGAGCCGGGCGGCGCCCCGCGCGGCUCAUGGCGGGGCCGCGGGGCGCGCUGCUGGCCUGGUGCCGCCGCCAAUGCGAGGGCUACCGCGGCGUGGACAUCCGCAACCUGAGCAGCUCCUUCCGGGAUGGCCUGGCCUUCUGCGCCAUCCUGCACCGGCACCGGCCCGACCUGCUAGAUUUUGAUUCACUUUCCAAGGACAACGUGUUCGAGAAUAACCGUUUGGCCUUCGAAGUGGCGGAGAAGGAGCUGGGCAUCCCUGCUCUCCUGGACCCCAGUGACAUGGUCUCCACGAGUGUGCCCGACUGCCUCAGCAUCAUGACCUACGUGUCCCAGUAUUACAACCACUUCGCCAGCCCUGGCCAAGCCGGCGUCUCACCACCUGGAAAGAGCCUGGCACCCUCCACCCCGCCCUCUACUCCGGCGGAACCGGGAGAUAGGGCUCAGGGCGAGACGCUCUCCUCGGGUCGCCUGUCGGAGCAGGGCACCCACCAGACGCCCAGCAGCACCUGCGCGGCCUGCGGGCAGCGUGUGCACCUGGUGCAGCGUUACCUGGCGGAGGGCAAGCUGUACCACCGGCACUGCUUCCGCGGUGGGGGGACCUUCGCUUCCUCUUGCAGCACAAACCGAGCGCGUGUUUCACAGUUUCCUGACAGCUGCCCUUCCCCUUCCCUCUGGGAAGUCCAGGGCGUCGAGACAGGAUCCAGAUGGUGCCGGCAGUGCUCCAGCACCCUGGUGCCCGGGGCUUACCGGAGUGGGCCUGAGGAGGGCACCUUCAUCUGUGCGGAGACCUGUGCCCGGCUGGGCCCGGGAGGGCGCUUAGGGGCCAAGGCCCAGUCCCCCCUGCAGCCAAAGCAACAGCGAGAAGAUGCAAAAGAAGCAGCAGAAGAAGCCAAGGAUGUGGAGGGAGGCAGCCCCAGUGUGGCUGCAGUGGCUGAGGCCCGGCCCCAGAUGCCCACCAAGCCCUGCGUGCCGGACCGACCGCAGGACCUGGCCAGCCCUCAGGCCGGCCGGCCCAUGCCCGCCCCCAGGAAGGCCUUGGAGAGCACAGCCCAGACGCCCCCCACGCCCCGGCCCCGGUCCAGCCUGCAGCCCGAGAACUUGGAGCCAGGUGGCAGUGGCCUAGUGAAUGGAAGGCUGCAUGAGCCCCCCGUCCCCAAGCCGAGAGGGACACCCAAGCUGUCAGAGAGGACUCCAGCCCCCAGGAAGGACCCUCCUUGGAUCACGCUGGUACAGGCAGAACCCAAGAAGAAGCCAGCCCCGCUGCCCCCCAGCAACAGCCCCCGGCUGCCAGGCCGGGCCGGCGGGCGGGUGGAGAAUGGAGGUGCAGAAGAGGUGGCUCCGAGGAGCCCUGCAGAGGGUGGCCUAGAGCCCAAGCCCUACAACCCCUUUGAGGAGGAGGAGGAGGAGGUGGGGGAGCCCCCCGCUGCCUCCACCCUGGCCACUGGCCCCACCCAGGCCCUCCAGGAGUGUACACCCAAGUCCCUGCACCCCUGGUACGGCAUCACUCCCACCAGCAGCCCCAAGACAAAGAAGCGCCCUGCCCCCCGAGCGCCCGGUGCGUCCCCACUAGCUCUCCACGCCUCCCGCCUCUCACACUCGGAGCCGCCCUCGGCCACCCCAUCGCCAGCCCUCAGUGUGGAGAGCCUGUCGUCCGAGGGCCCCAGCCAGACAGCCAGCGGGCAGCUCCUGGAGCCUCCAGUGGUGCCCAAGAGCUCCUCGGAGCCUGCGGUCCACGCCCCCGGAACCCCCGUGACCUCCGCCAGCCUCUCUGCCGACUCCUCGCUGUCCUCCUCUGGGGAGCUGGCUCAGCCCACCACGGGCUCUGCGCCUCAAGCCAGCCCUGGCCUUGCUCCCAGUGCUAAGGGCAGCUCGGGCCCCCAGCCGGCCAAGCCCUGCAGUGGCGCUGCCCCUACCCCUCUCUUGUUGGUGGGAGAUAAGACCCUAGUGCCUUCCCCUGGCACCUCAUCUCCGCAGCUCCAGGUGAAGUCUUCCUGCAAGGAGAACCCUUUUAACCGGAAGGCAUCACCCACAGCGUCCCCAGCCACAAAGAAAGCCUCCAAGGGAUCCAAGCCAGCCAGGCCACCUGCUCCAGGACACGGCUUCCCGCUCAUCAAGCGCAAGGUCCAGGCUGACCAGUACAUCCCUGAGGAGGACAUCCAUGGAGAGGUGGACACCAUUGAGCGCCAGCUGGACGCCCUGGAGCUCCGCGGGGUUCUGCUGGAGGAGAAGCUGCGCAGCGGCGGGGACGAGGGCCGUGAGGAUGACAUGCUGGUGGACUGGUUCAAGCUCAUCCACGAGAAGCACCUGCUGGUGCGGAGGGAGUCCGAGCUCAUCUACGUCUUCAAGCAGCAGAACCUGGAGCAGCGUCAGGCCGACGUGGAGUAUGAGCUGCGGUGCCUUCUUAACAAGCCGGAAAAAGACUGGACCGAGGACGACCGGGGCCGGGAGAAGGUGCUGAUGCAGGAGAUUGUGACCCUCAUUGAGCAGCGCAAUGCCAUCGUCAAUUGCCUGGAUGAGGACCGGCAGAGGGAGGAAGAGGAAGAUAAGAUGUUGGAAGCCAUGAUCAAGAAGAAAGAGUUCCAGAAGGAGGCCGAAUCUGAGAGCAGGAAGAAGGGGAAGUUCAAGACCAUGAAGGUGCUGAAGCUGCUAGGAAACAAGCGUGACACCAAGAGCAAGUCCCCAGGGGACAAGAGCUAACAGCCAGGGGACUUCCACCACUCCUUCCCGGCUCAGCCCUGUCACUCUGAUUUUGAUGACUCCAGAUGCUGUGAUGGCCCCAACAAGCCAGCGGGGGCCUGGGUCCACGGAGCAGCACGACCGAGCGUACCUGCCCCUUGUCCCGCCCGGCGCCUGCUGUGACGGGCAGCUCCUUGGUCCCCCUUCCCUUGGUCACGUCCAGAUGGGAUUCUUAGCUGCCAAAGUCCUGAACCGAGGGUCCUUCCACCAUGGGGUCUGCCAGGGGUCUCCUGCCUCUAAGGUUCUGCAGCUCUUGGUGGGCCACGGGCGGGGCUCAGAUGCACUGGCUUCUUCGUGCCUUGGCCCUGGCCCCAUCCCCGAGUCUAUCUUCCUGUCCUGGGCUGGCCGCCCUGGGUCUGUCUCUCCUUGCUCAGGAGCUGUUUUCAUGGCACCUCUGAGUUUGUUCAGUGACUGCGCCCUCAGACACAAACACGCACGAUGGACAAAACCACCCCGUCUCUCCCAAGUUCCAGGAGGCGCUUCCCUUACUGUGUAGGGAACCUCCCCAGGGCGGCCCUGGGGAGGGCGGGUGUCCUAGUGCUGAGUCUCCCAGCAGGGCUCCCCGGUCCCUGAUCUACUGAGUGGGUAUGCUUUAUGUAGGUGCUAACCCUGGUUCUCCAACACACUGUAGUCUGCCGCCUUGCCGAGUGCCCCCCGGGGGAUGGCAGCCGCUCCUGUGUGUGGUCAUCACCAGUCUGUCUCCUCACACUCCUGUUCCUUCUCUCUCUCGAGACUCAUUCCCACCAAAGGACUGGUGGCCACACCCACUGGGAGGAGCUAAUGGGGACAAUGCUUUUUCCCCUGGGACUGUGCCCAGCAGAUCUGGGUUGAAACACUGUUGCUAUAAGCUAUUUCGGGGGCACCCCAAGGGCCCCCUGCCCUCAGCACACCUCUGGGGGAAGAUCACACUGAAUGAACUUGUGGGGGUUUGCCUUGCCCACAAUAAACAGACCACCUCAUUGCUGGGGCCCUGCA